UAUAUAUUAUUUUGAUAAUACUUGGAAUAUAUAUUCAAAUUUUAAAUUAUGAAUAAUUCUGCAAAUUUUAGCUGAAAUAAUAACAAGACCAUCAUUCUAAAAAAUCGAAAGCAUAAUUUCAUGAAAAAAAAAACAAAAACUAAUUCAAUUUUUUUUUGGUUUUUAAUAAAUAAUUUCGUUUAAUAUUCUUAAAUUAUACUAAAAUUAAAAUGGGUCGUAUAUUUCUUGAUCAUGUUGGUGGUGAUAGGCUGUAUGCAUGUGCUGCUUGUGACAUCAAUCUGACUAAUCGUGAUGAAUUGAUCAGUACAAGGUUUACAGGUGCAACUGGGCGUGCUUUUUUGUUCAACAAAGUUGUCAAUCUUAACUACAGGUAUUUUAGCUUCGAUGCGAAGCUGAGAAGUGAUGUUCAAGAUAGGGUCAUGUUAACUGGUCGUCAUAUAGUAAGAGAUGUAUCAUGUAAAAAUUGUGACACAAAACUUGGAUGGAUUUACGAGUUUGCUAUGGAAGAAAAUCAACGUUAUAAAGAAGGUAGAGUAAUACUAGAAAGAGCAUUAAUUACAGAAGGAGAUGGACUUGAACAUGAAAUUUAAGCACCCUACUGACUAUAAGUUUUUUAAACAUUAAUUCCUUUGUAAAUAUUAUACUUUCUAUAUAUAUAAAAUGUUUUAUAAUUCUAA